ACGUUUUUCGAGUUUGAUAUAAACAGUAUCAUCAUGUAUGCCUUCAACAACUAUUUUCCUGUUCGUUAGAUUUCUCCCCCAAUUGCAGCAGUGAAUCAAUGGGAUUUAAGUAUUUAAUUAGCGCGAAGAGUUUCUACAUGCUCAGUGGAAUACUAACGUUGGGGAAAUUAUUGGUAUUUGUGCUAAUCGAUGCAUGAAUUUUCAAGUUUCUGUUCAUGGUUGUUGCAAGUUUCUGUUAUAUGCGUUUUCUGCAGGAGGAUGGUUGAUGCCAAAGAAAAGGACAAAGCUCCGGAUGCAACUGAAAAGGAUGAAGCUCCACCGAAUUUAUUAAACGACAUCGAAGAGGAAGAAGACGACGAUGAUGAAGAUGAGUAUGAGUACGAUGAUGACAACGAUGAUGAAGAAGAGGACGAGGAAGAAUAUGACGACGAAGAACCUGAACAAGAAGAGGAAAAGGUAAAUGAUGAAGAAAAUGCUGCCAAGGAAGAUGGAAAAAAAGGUGAAGAACCGAAAACCGACAAAAAUUUAGAUGAGAGUUCACAGAGUAAAGUAAACAGACGUAGGAGCAGGAACACAAAAAAGAAAGUAGAAAAUGAUUCUGGUACGUUGGCUGCUAAUGGGGAUAAGGAUAAGCCAGAAUCAUCCAACAGAAAGAAGGCUGCUAAUGGUGAUAAUAAUAAGCGAGAAUCAUCGAACAAAAAGAAGGGUUCAAAGAGGGUUGAGUGCAUGGGGAUGGUGUUCAUGUGCAGUUCGAAAACAAAAGCCGACUGCUUCCGCUACAAGGUUCUCGGGUUGCCCGAAAAUAAGAAAGAUCAAGUGUUAAAGAUUUAUAAAGGAAUGCGGCUGUUUCUAUUCGAUGUUGAUUUGAGGUUGAUGUACGGGAUUUUCAAAGCUGCGGGACCUGGAGGUUAUAACAUUGAACCGAAGGCUUUCAAGUCAGAGUUUCCAUCUCAAGUUCGAUUUACUGUGCUCGAUGAUUGCCUACCAUUGGCAGAGGAGAAUUUUAAGAGUGUCCUUAAAGAAAACUACUACAGUAGAAGAAAGUUUGAAGGUCUGCUGCAAUCAGAGCAGGUAAAGAAGUUAUGUAAACUUUUUGAGAAAAUGGGUGAUGGGAGGCGUUCCAGAUCCCGUAGAGCCCGACCCGUUGAACCUCGCCGAUCUAGGCUUGAUGAAAGCCGUAGAGACCGACUCGAUGAUCGACGCACGUCUCGGGCCCAAGAGAAACGUAAAAGAGCCCGGGAUGAAGAACGGCGUCCUCGCUCUCCACCACCUAGAGAAAAAAGACGGUACCCUGACUAUGACCGCCGUUCACCUGUUUUAUAUGAUCGUGAGCCACCUGUUCCGAGAUACCAUCGCUUGCCAGAACCCUCUGCCAUCCGCUCUCCAGUGAGAUUAUACACCUAUGAGAGACAACCUUUAGACAUCCCACCUUACGUUCGUGACCAUGUACCCGAGCCUCCCACUUACCGUGUCGUUGAGCGGGACCAAGACCGGGAUCGGGACCCAUACCUAGCAUAUGGCAGAGAACCACCACCAUUGUAUCGUGACACAGUCUAUACUACUACUACUACGGUGCCACCGGAAUACCACCUUGUAAGCAGAGAGUACCCCUACCCUUCUGCGGUUCAAGCACCCGAGUACCGUAUCUCUGGUGCGUCUCGUGUGCCGAGUUAUCGUGAUGUGGAGAUUGCUGGCGAUUACCGUUCUGCAGCAGCGUUACCGUUACCGGAUUACCGUUCUCGAACCCAUUAUAGAUACCCGCUUUGAUUUUGUCUGAAAUGUGUAAGGCAAAUUUGUAAUAUUUAUUUAGACAGAGCUCUUACUUGUUUUGUAGAAGUUACAUUCGUGGUGCUUGUCACAUAUAUGUUUCAAGAAGACGUGAUUCAAACUUUAUAAUUGUUUUGUUGUUUGACGCAUUUUCCGCGUUUUUGAUGAAAUAAGUUCACAUUUAAUUUAAA